UUCCCAGACCCAGCUAUGAUGACGGGGAAGGUUCCCUCAUUCUCCCCUGGCUCCACAGUGAGCUCCGCUCUGCCCGGCUACGUCACUCUCUGCCUUACUCUACAGGUUCUCAGGCUGGCGUCAGCACAGUUCACAGUGACUGGAUCUGACCGUCCAGUUACUGCAUCCCUAGGUGGGGAGGCCAUCCUGCCCUGCCACCUCUCCCCCAGGAUGAGCGCUGAGAACAUGGAGGUGAAAUGGUUACGAUCCCAGGACUCUGCAGUGGUGCACCUGUACCGUGAUGGGAAGGAUCAGUACGGAGAGCACAUGCUGGAAUAUCGAGGCAGAACUGAGCUCUUGAAAGACGACAUCACCAAUGGGAGAGUUUCCCUGAGAAUACAUGAUAUCCGACCCUCCGAUGAUGGACAGUACACAUGUUAUUUUCAGUCCCGUGCCUCUUACCAAGACGCUUUAUUGGAACUACAGGUGGCAGAUUUGGGCUCUGCUCCUGCCAUCUCUGUGGAGGGACAUCAGGACAGAGGGAUCCGGGUGGUGUGUCGAUCAUCCGGAUGGUACCCAGAGCCCAAGGCUCAGUGGAGAGAUCACCAGGGGCAGCUCUUACCAUCGGCCUCUGAAGAAAUAACCCCAGAGGCCAAUGGCCUGUUUCAAACAGAGAUUGUCAUUGUUCUAACAGAAGAGUCCAACCAGAAAGUGUCCUGCUGUGUCAGGAACCCCCGACUCAACCAGGAGAGAGAGUCAGUGAUUUCCAUAGCAGAGCUGUUUUUCCCACAAGUCAAUCCCUGGACAGUGGCUCUGGGUCUGAUCCUGCCUCUCCUGGCUGUUCUCACUGCCCUGGCCAGUUACUGCUUCUGGAGGCAGCACAGAGCAAAAGAGACUCUGCAGUUGGAUAAGAAGAGCGAGAAAGAGAUCCUGCUGUCUGAACGGGAAGGAGAGAAAGAGGCCCUGCAAUCUGAGAUGGAGAGACAGAAAGCGGAAUACGAGGCAGCAAAAGAACUGGGACUCACCAGAGCCCAAGGAUAUGCAGUGGACGUGACUCUGGAUCCAGACACAGCAAAUCCCAACCUCGUCCUGUCUGAGGAUCGGAAACGUGUGAGAUGGGGAGACACACGCCAGGAUCUGCCCAACAAACCUGAGAGAUUUAAUACUUAUCCCUGUGUCCUGGGCGCUGAGGCGUUCGCGGGCGGGAGGUGUUACUGGGAGGUGGAGGUGGGAGACAAGACUGAGUGGGACCUGGGGGUUUGUAGGGGAUCUGUGAACAGGAAGGGGUGGGUCAGACGCACACCUGGGAAUGGAUACUGGGUCGUGUGGCUGAGCGGUGGGAGAUACGAGGCCUGCACUUCUCCCCCGAACCCCCUCCCCGUGAGCGUCAGGCCCAGCCGGGUGGGGAUUUUCCUGGACUAUGAGGCGGGCGAGGUCUCGUUUUACAAUGUGACUGACAGGUCCCAUCUCUUCACUUUCACUGACACCUUCUCUGGGAAGCUCCGCCCUUAUUUCAAUCCUGGUGACUAUGAUGAUGACUAUGAUGAUGGUACAAACGUGGCUCCCCUGAUCAUCUGCCCAGUCCCAGCUCAGGCCGGAGGGAAUCUCGGUCACUGACAGUGACCCUGCGGCACAGACUGGCCCCUCCCAGCCCCGCUGCUCUUCCCGCCCUCUGGUAUUGGAGGCCGGUUACUGAAGAUAACUGGAUCUUUUUUUGUGCUGCCCAGAUGCUGCCAGUUUCCCUUUUCAGCUGAAGUAGAA